GUGCAAUAUUGAUAAAGUUGUUUUGAAUAAUCUCAGUGUAAAGAUGGCGUCGGAUAUCGCUAAUCACGGAGCCGCUCCGCUGUCUGCUAAAGUGGUCGGGUCUUUUGCUUAUUUGACUGUAAAGGACAGAAUGCCUACUAUCCUUACUAAAGUCAUAGACACGAUUCACCGCAGUAAGAACAAGUUUUUUGAAGAAUACGGAGAGGAGGGAUUCGAGGCAGAAAAGAAAGCAAUUUCUUUCUUAUCCAAACUAAGGAAUGAGGUUCAAACUGAUAAACCUAUACUCGAGCUUACAGAUGGGUUAAGAGACGUGGAUUCAUGGAACCAGUACUUGCAGAGACAUCAAACUGUACAGGGAGGCAAGGAGGCUGUGAGCUGGUUCAAGUCUCCCUGGCUUUAUGUGGAAUGCUACAUGUACCGAAGAAUACAAGAGGCUAUUUGGCUCAAUCCUCCCAUAAACGAGUUUGAUGUUUUUAAUGAGGGAAAAACCCAGAGCUUCUUUGAGUCUCAGCAAGCUACAAUAGCUUUAUGUACAUACCUGGAAACGCUUAAAAAGGAUAAAGAUGGACUUUCAAAAAAUCAAUUAUUUGAUAAUUUCAUUAAGCUACUGCAGGUGUCUCUCUGGGGGAACAAGUGUGACCUCUCCAUCUCUGCAGGCCAGGAGAACUCCCAAAAAGACAGUCCCAUCGAAGCCCUCCCCAAUCUGAAACCCUUCAUCUUGGUGAAUGAUUCGGACAUGGUAUGGGCAGCUCUUACCGCUUCCAAAUGCACUGCAGUUUCUGGAAAAAGAGUUGAUAUUGUUCUAGACAACGCUGGUUUUGAAUUAGUUACUGACCUGGUACUGGCUGAUUUCCUGGUCUCAUUUAGUUUGGCCAGUGAGGUCCAUUUUCAUGGGAAAUCUUUUCCAUGGUUUGUUUCUGAUGUCACUGCUAAAGACUUUGAGUGGAUCAUCAGACAGACAAUGGCAGCCAAUCACAUGUGGAUGUCUAAAAGCGGCGUCCAGUGGAAGCAGUACCUGAAGGAUGGAGUGUGGUCCUAUCAUGACCACCCGUUCUGGACACAGCCUCAUGAGUUUUGUGACAUGGCAGUAGAUGCUCCGGACUUGUAUGCAAAACUUAAAGAAGCAAAUCUGGUGUUGUUUAAAGGGGAUUUAAACUACAGGAAGCUAACUGGAGACAGAGACUGGGACUUCACUGUCGACUUUGAUACUGUGCUCCGGGGAUUUGAACCCUCACCCCUCUGCAGCCUCAGAACUCUAAAAGCAAAUGUACAGGUGGGCCUGCAGCCUGGGCAAGGGGAGAAGCUCAGCUCCCAAGAACCUAACUGGAUGACCAGUGGCAAGUACGCUGUCAUUCAGUUCCAUGGGCCACAUUUAGAAGAGUGAGAAACUGUUGUCUUUGCCUAUGCAACGGUGGUUGACUCUGUUAGAACAAGUAUUAUCUGCAAGCCAUAAGACCUUGAAAGGUCUGAUUAUGUUAAUCAUUGUUUUGAGGAACUUCUACAAAAAGGUUUAUACUGUAUACUUCUUACUGGCAAAGGGUUGAAACUGGUUAAAGGCAUUUUUAAAUCAAUUUAAAUGGUAAUAACACUCAGAUUCUAUCAGUUAGGAUUAUUCAAAUGUGUGUUUAAUGUUAACUUAUUAAAUGCAAUGUUAGAGAUAAAAUGUGAGGCCAAGCUAAGUCUUUGUUUUAGAAUGUUGCACCUACUCCUGGCCACAAAGCAUGUUUGAGGUUUAUGGAAAACUAGACUGCAAUGAUAAAAGCAGUCUAGUUUAGAUAAAAGCUAAUGUCUAGCUGCAUUUUCUGUUAUAUCAACCAGGUUCCCACAUACCCAUCAGCACAAUAUCCAACAUAAUGCAUUGGUCUGAUCAAAUAAAAUGGCACAGUGAAUCAUUAUUUUGGCUUCUUUUGUUUUUUUAAGUCUGAAGUCCUACAUAAACACUUCUGGUCUAUGUUGCCAUUUUGCACUAGUGUUUUACAAUGAUUUUUUUGUAGUAUGUACAACGAAUAUUUGUACAAUUUAUGAACAAACUGAACAAAAACACUCUUUUUUUCAUGCAAUUAAAAUGUUAUGCUAUAUGAAGCAC